GACAAAGGUAAACCCGGCUCGCAUCUACUGUUCGAACCCUUAAACCUCAACAUUUCUGCGACUGUGCGAGAGCAGGGUCUUUGAGGCAUUAACGCAAACACUUAGCAUACGAACAUUCAAACACCAUCAGCAACGAUGAUGCAAAGUUUAAAGAGCUCUAUAAUGAAGCACGUUAGAGUUCAGGCCAAUUUGAGAAAUUGGUUUUUUACUGAAAAUAGUAGCCCACUGCACAUAUAUGGCAGACAACUCUGCACUACGAUGGGUAACAGUGAUGACCAGAUUAUGGAUCGAGUGAUUGGCUUGGUCAAGAAAUACAUUAAAACUGAUGCUGCUAAGGUAACCGAAACAGCAAAUUUUAAAAAGGAUCUAUGCUUGGACAGCUUGGAUAGGGUGGAGCUUGUUAUGGCUUUUGAGGAGGAGUUCGCCAUUGAAAUUCCCGAGGAAAAAGCUGAUAAGCUUACUUGUUGUGCUGAUGUUGCCAAGUAUAUAUUAACUGAAACCAAGCAGAAUAAUGCUCCGAAUUCCUGAUGCUCUCCAGGUAUUGAAAUGGGAUCUUAUGCCAUUGCCUAAUAACAUUUGCUUUAUAUUUACUUGGGGAUUUCUCUAAUUCUCUUAUAACGUUUCGAAGUAUAAGUAUUAAACUGAGUUCCUAGAGCAACCUUUGUACAUUUCUUUGUUCAAGUGUGUAGCAAUUACUACUAUUUUCUAUGAAAAGUAUUUUGACUCC